AUGUCUCACGAGAGCGUUUGGUACUCCCGUCCCCGAAACUUCGGCAAGGGUUCUCGCGCCUGCCGCGUCUGCACCCACAAAGCCGGUCUGAUCCGCAAAUACGGCCUGAACAUCUGCCGUCAGUGCUUCCGGGAGAAGAGCCAGGAUAUCGGGUUCAUCAAGAACGUUUGGCUAACAUGGAACCUUCCCGCGAACAGCACCGAUAAGUUCCACGCCCCGAGACUUGCCAAUUUGUCAACCGGGUAG